AAUAAAAAAUCUAAAAAUUUCUAAUUUAGAAGUAAAAAAACUAGAAGAAAUAAAGAAUAGCAAAAUCUAUUUAUUCAAAUAAUAGUAUAUUUUGAAAAAAUGACAUAGCGCGGUGAUUUAAAAUAAUAUUUUGACGAAAAAGAAGUUUAAAGUGAGCUUUAGGGAAUCAUUUCCCAAAUUUAGAAUCUUUAACCAGAAGCACAGGAAAUUAUUACAACCUAUUGCAUUUAGUGGUUCUAAUCAUUCUUCGACUCCCAAUGUGAAGUAGAAGACUUUUUGGGUGAAAUCAAAAAGCUAGAAGAACCUGAAUGUGAAUAAAAGUUGUUGGAAUUUAUCAAAAAGAAAAUAUCUCAAAUGGAAAGCAAGUCUAAGAAAGCAAAAGAGGAGAGUAAUACUUCUGCUAAGGCUUCAACCAUCCAUGACAGAAUUAAACCAAAGGGUAACAGCAACAAUGCUAAUUCUGGUGCUAAAAAUUAAGAAAAUCCUCAAACAAACUAACCUACUACAAAGAAAUUUGUAAAAAUAUUAGAAAAAGACGAAUAAAAGCUAAAAAAAGCAAAUGAAGCUGUUGAAAAUAAAAACAAUGCAAAUAACAACUAAAAUAAUAACUCAUCCAAUGCUAAUAACUAAGAAGAAAGUGAUGAAUAUUUAAUUAAAGAACUAGAAGACAAGAAGAAACAAAGAUGUAAAUAUUAUCCCAAUUGUAAAAAUGAAAAAACUUGCCCAUACAUUCAUCCAACUGAACCUUGCACUUUCUUCCCUACUUGUAAGUAUGGUUCUCAGUGUAUAAAUAAGCAUCCUGAUUGCAAAUAUGGUAAAUCAUGCCAAAGACCUGAUUGUUUCUACGAGCACCCUUUCCCAAAAAAGCAAGCCAUAAAUCCUUUCCUAUAAAUGUUAAUGAUGCCUAUGAUGAAUGCCUCUAAGAGAAAGAUUACUAAUAAGCCAAACGGUAAAAGACCUUUCCCUGGAAACACCCCAGGAUAAUUACAAGGUGGUGAAGAUUAAAAAUCUGAAGAUAAGCAAUAAUAACCUUGA